GGAUGACUUCACCGUUCAGCCUGGGUUUCCUUUAUGAUCCCGGGAUCUCCCACUUCCCUCACCAGACAUCAUCCAGCAGCACAGGCAAACACAGCUCACUCUCCCUCCUCUCGCUCUCUCGCUCACUCUCUCUCUCUCUCUCCCUCCCUCACACACACACACACGCGCGCUCGCACAUACAUAUAACAGCGUCUCUCCCUGCAGCUGCAACACAUCCAGAGACCACAACAAGCACCAGGACUUCAGACGCCUCAUCCACAUCGAGUCUCCUUCACAGAGGAUCCCAGCAGGAGAGAGACUCCAUCAUCAGCUGCAACCACCAACAAAAAGGGAUCUACGGCUGCGUCGAGGAAGAUCUUCCAUCGACUUGAUUAAUUUUUCAAGCUGGUGAUCCUUCUCCUCCUUUUUUGUGCCACAAUGUCCGAGGUGCUGCCAUACAGCGAGGGUAAAAUGAACGGCUACGGGGCGGACAGCGAGGUCAGCCAGAUGUCCUUUAGCUGCGGACUGCAGGACACAAGCGCUUUUUUCGCUUCGUCGCAGGCGAAAAGACCCCCGAAGCUUGGACAGAUCGGCAGAGCCAAGCGAGUGGUCAUCGAGGACGACCGAAUAGACGAGGUCCUGAAGGGGAUGACAGACAAGUCCUCACCCGGCGUGUAAACACGAGCGAUGGCCUUGCAGACUCUUUUAAUUUUGAUCACCGAUUCGAAGCACUUGUCGGCUGUGCAUGUUCGAGGACUUGCAGGAGAGGACGACGGCACGAAAGCUAGGAUGGGAUGAUGGAGAAAAGGGCGAAGAAGAAGAAGACGAUGAAGAAGGGGGUAAAAACGGAAAGAGGAAGAUAAAUGAGGAAGAGGUGAAGAAGGGAUGAGAGAGAAGAGAAAGAGACUCUGGCGAAGACCAAGAUUUUUAUCAUGGGAUUGCUGGCAAUUCUUCAGACGAAUCCCGAUGUUUAACUCCUGCUGCGCAGCACGAUGUUGAGAUGGCGGACUCCUGCUCUGUGUCUCAACCUCUGCUGACUUUAAUGAUGGAUGAACUUGUCAUUACUUCACGACCAUCUUCUAUUUUUUUCUUUCCAAAAAGCGCUGUAUAAGAAACUCAGUAGUGCAACUGGAGGCUGGAGCUAAAUCCCAGCCCUGUUUCAAUAAGUUGUACAGUAGGUAGGCUUUAAGCUCUCAGACACCCUCCCCCCUGACUUCCCCAUCCUCCCCUCCCUCCUGUACGCUUUGCUUUGUUGACUCAGUCGGCGACGGUGCAUUCAAGGGAGCUGUCCUUUCAGCACUGGUCCAAUGCAUUCCCGUUGCUGGUAUAAAAACGCUUUUAAAAACAGACCAACCAAACUCUCGAGUCUACUAAAUAGAGAAGACCCAUUGUAUGUAAAAACAUAUAUCCGAGGAUGGUGCAAUGUUGAUAUUUUCUGUAGUAGAACCCCAUAUGUUUUUCUCUUUGUUUUUGGGCCCUUAAAGAGCAUCGCCGGCCCCAGAUUCUAACUGAACCGCAGGUUACAUUCUUCUUCUUGCAUUACCCAUUAGUGGUUGAAGGUGCGGGCCGGCACCUCCAUGUAGCUGAUUUACACCUGCACAUAUCUUUUCCUCUAUUUUUCUUUUGUUUCUAUUUUCAGAUGCUCAGAUAUCCACAGAGGCCAGCAGAGAUGUGGGAUUACAGUAAAUAUUUAAAAUUAAAGUCAUGAAAUUGAUGGGAAAAAAUAAUCGUUCUAUAAUUUAGAUUUUUGCGAUUAUCUGUGUUUCGUCUUCUAUAAAUCUAGAAGUUUUUUCUCCAUCUAUUUGCAUGAACUCUCACUCCGGUGCCAAUGCAGGUGCCACCACUCUUACCCUGGCACGCUUCUUUUUAAACAAAAGUCAUAUUUGUAUUUUUAUAUCUAAAUAUUUGUUAUUUAAAUGAUAUGCUAGUCUAUCGUCUUACAAUUCAUCAACAAAAAUAUUUCUACUUCAGAGAGGAUAUACAGAAUGAGACUAGGCUUCAUAAGAGGCACUUCUGGGAUUUUGGUGGACUGGUCUAAUUCUAUAUCAGAGGUCGGACCUUUUUUAAAGACUAACUGAAUGUGUCUGGGGUUUUUGCACACAUCAAUGUUAAACUAUUAUUAAGAAAUCGUAUACUGUGACUUGAGCUUCGUUGAUGAAUUUGUUAGAAAAUCGCAGUUUUAGAUAUAUAUUGCACUGUUUACGAGUAUCCUCAAAUGACACGUUGUUAUUUGACCGACUUUGGACAUUACAACCUUUGUUUUUUUAAUUUUAUUUAUUUUGUACCAUUAUUUUAAAGAAACUGGAUAUGGUUUGUUGUGCAUGAAACCUUAAUAUUUUCAAUAAUGAAACAUCGUUUUAUGAAGCAAAAAAGCAACAAAAUGUCAUGACAUUCUAAGAAUGAAUCAUUGUAUAUUAUGAUGCCAUUUUCACUGUAUUUGGUGAAUUAAUAAAUGGUGACAGAAGA